UAUUCACCAGGGCCCCUGAUGGUGGGGAUGGACUUGGAGCAGACAGGAACCAGGUCGCGGCCCCUGAGUACACCUGCUAGUGAUAGAGGGAUCCGCCAGAGGUAUGUGCAGGAUGGAUGGAUGGCAGAGUAGUGAGCGUGGUCAGACGGGCCAAGUCAGCAACGUGCGGGCAGCAAGGUAUCAAAGGAGCAGGCAGAGAAUGGUCAAGGUCACAAGCCGGGUUCAGUAACUCACAGACAGACAGCGCAGUACAGAGGAUCAGGCAGAAGGAUGGUCAGGGAUGAGCCAGUAGUCAGAACAGGAGAUGGUCAACAGGAAUCAGGAUCAGGCAGGGUCGGCAACAAGGUAUCUUCUCACAGGAACUAGGAACAGGAUACAGGGGCUCAUGGGGAAACAU